AUGGAUGCUAAACUGAUGUUGGCCCUUUUGUUUGUUUGGCUAUCCCUCCGAUCUUGUGAUAUUAUUAUCGAAGCAAGGUGCAUUGCAAAGGAUAGGGAAGCUCUAUUGGCAUUCAAAGGAGGGCUCACAGAUGAUGAUGAUGAUGGUCACGGUAUGUUGUCAAGUUGGGAGCAGCAGAAGGAUUGUUGCAGCUGGUAUGGCGUUCAGUGUAGCAAUGCAGGCUAUGUGAUUGGUCUCAAACUCAUCGUCGACAACAAUGGCAGCUUGCGAGGUGAUCAUAUUCAUAUCAGUCCAGCUUUGCUUGAAUUAGAUCAUUUAAGUUAUCUUGAGCUGAGUGGCAUCGGUAAUACAUCAUUAAUCCCAUUCCCAAACUUCAUUGGUUCCAUGAAAACGUUGCGAAAUCUCACCCUCUACAGCUGUGGUUUGUCCGGGACAGUUCCUGAGGAGAAUCUUGGAAACCUCACAAACUUAGUCCUACUUGAUCUAUCCUACAACUCACUCACAUUUGAAAACCUCAGUUGGUUGUCCCGACUCCCUUCCUUGUCGGAUCUUGUUUUAUCCGGUAAUAGAAUCCACGAUGCAAACUGGCCUCAAAAGAUGCUCAUGAUCCACUCCUUGAAGCUGCUACGAUUGAGUAAUUGCCAGCUCAAUGACGGAGAAUCAUCUUCCAAAGAGUUUCUUAUGAAUUCUUCCUCUACUCUUUCCACGGUGGAUCUUUCAUUCAAUUUUCUCACUCUAGCCACAUUACACUGGCUAUCUAACAUCAAGACUCUGAUUAGCAUCGAUGUCUCGAGGAAUCAGUUAGACGGAUUGAUUCCAGAUUCCCUCAUCAGAAAUUUGACUUCUCUUGAGAAACUUCUUCUUUCCUAUAACAAGCUUGAAGGUGUAGUAGUAGUAGUUCCUACGUCAUUAGAAAAUCAUAGUCAUAGUAAUAGUAGUAGUAAUCUAAUUACCUUGGAUCUGUCUUGGAAUCAACUAAGACAACCGCUGGUGGAACUAAUUGGGAAUCUUUCUUGCAAUGCAAUGGAAUAUCUCUACUUAGAACACAACCAACUCAGCGGCCCGGUGCCGGAAUUCAGUUCAUGCCGUAGAAUGAGAGAAUUGAAGCUUGGAAAUAAUAAACUAGAAAGGCUUCCUCGGAGCUUUGGCCGGCUGUCGCAGCUUGAGUUCUUAGACAUUUCGAAUAAUUCUCUACAAGGAAAUAUAUCUAAAAGCACCUUCAUGAAUCUCGGCAGCUUAAUUGCCAUAGAUUUAUCCUUCAACGACGCGCUAUACAUAUCCCCUCGUUGGAAUCCGCCUACCAAAUUACAGGCAUUACUUGUACGAUAUGUGAAGCUCGAUCCGCAGUUCCCAACAUGGAUACAAGUUCUGAGGAGUAUCGUGACACUUGAUAUCUCUUACACUGGUAUAUCGGACCAACUACCUAGUUGGAUAUGGAAUUUUUCGACUAAUCUAUCCAACUUAUUUAUCUCCCACAACAAAAUUCGUGGAACCAUUCCUAAUCUGCUUCAAGAAAGGCUGGCAAUUAUAGAUGUUGGUUGGAAUCUAUUCUUUGGUUCUCUACCUCAGUUAAAUUAUACUAAAGUCUUGAAGCUUUCGCAUAAUGAGCUUUCAGGUCCGAUCACACCUAUAUGCAACGCGCGUAGCUUACGCUGGCUCGACCUCUCAUACAACAAAUUUGUAGGGGAGAUUCCCAACUGCUGGGAUAAUAUGAGCACUGAUUUAAAAGUUUUGAACUUGGGUAACAACAACUUCUCUGGCCAAAUUCCUCAGUCUCUCGGCCUUUUAGGGAGUCUUCAAACAUUAUAUCUGAAUGACAAUGGUCUGUCGGGGGAGUUUCCGUUAGCAUUGAAGAAUUGCAAGUAUUUGCAGCUCAUCGAUGUGGGAGGAAAUAAGCUAGCGGGACAUAUCCCCAACUGGAUAGGUGCAAACUAUAAAGAGAUGAAGUAUCUAGUGUUUCGGCAGAAUGGAUUUGAUGGUGAAAUUCCUCGACAAGUUUGUUAUCUCACUCAGAUACGUGUGUUGGACUUGUCGAUGAACAAUUUAUCCGGACAAGUCCCAAGAUGCCUCGAUAACAUUACCUCAUUAGUUCAAAUGACGACCGCAGAUGACAUCUUCACUAAUGGGAUUCCGAGUCCUGUCUUUGUUUUGGGGUCGUGGGAGGGUCGAGGGUACAGGGACUAUCCCUACAUAUUGAGUAGGUCGGGCGAUCGGGGCUACAGCGACUAUCCAUAUGUAUCAGUGCAAUGGAAAACCAAUGAAUCAAAAUACCAGAAAACAUUAUGGCUUCUCAAGCUGCUCGAUCUCUCCAGCAAUAAAUUGAAUGGAAGCAUUCCGAGGGAGCUUUUUCGAUUGAAGGAAUUAGUUUCCCUGAAUCUGUCGAGAAAUAACUUGGAAGGGAAGAUAGCACAAGAGAUUGGUGAAAUGGCGAAGCUUGAAUCAUUGGAUGUAUCGAGAAACCAGCUGGGCGGCGAAAUGCCUUCAAGGCUGGGACAGUUAAAUUUCCUGCAAGUUAUGGAUGUAUCCUACAACAGGCUGACGGGUAGAAUUCCAUGGAGCACUCAACUCCAAAGCUUCGACGAAUCUGUGUAUGGCGGAAAUGCUGGGCUUUGUGGGAGGCCUCUGGCAGUAGUGUGCCCCAUGGGAGACGGAGAUGCAGAUGGUUUUAUUAUGAGUUCCUCCUCCUCGUCCUCAUCCUUCACCCAAGACUGGUUAAUAUCGAUAGCUGUGGGCUUCAUAGUCGGCUUCUGGGGACUUAUCCUGUUGAAGACAUAUAUCCAUCCAUCCAGUUCCAGAGGCAGAUUAGAUUAA